CCUGCCCACUUCCCCGCCGGCCCGCGGAGGUGCAGGUAGCGCUGCCGAGUUUAUUGCUGCGGUUGCCGGCACCGCUCAACUUUUCUCCCGGCCCCCUGCGCGGCGCCAGGCUGCGCUGCCCGGCCGCGAUGAGGAGCCGCCGCCCCGGGCUGGGGCGCGGGGGCUGGAGGGGAGCUCGCAGUAGCCUGCUGGCAGCUGCCUCAGGUUUAGAAUCUAGUUAUUGGAGAUUACCAGUGGGAAGAAGACAAAUUCUAGGCUACAGCAGGGAAAAUGCAUCUGGUCCCAGGCCUGACUACAAGAUUGUGACACAGAGGGGUGAAGAACAACUAAUGGGCUAAUUGACUUCACAUUUUGAGAUGGAAUUAACAGAUGUUCUAUUCUAUUAAGUACCUGUUCUGCAGUGGCUCCAUCUUCACCCUCCCUCACACCAAAUACACACCUGAGCAAGUGGCAGAUGUUUCCUGCUAUAAGAAAACUUCACCCUCUGCAACAAGCAGGGGGUCAAACAGCCCCCCUCAGCACCUUUCAGUCCUUCAAUUCUCUACCAUACUCAUGCCCUAAAUGAGCAUGGGGCCACCACCCCUGCCAAGUGGGGUCUAUUUCCUGUGAUGGGGUCUAGGCUGUUUGCCUUGUGUACCUGUGCGUGCCCAGCUCACCAUACACAUUUUGGUAAAAUCUCGUACAUUUUAUUAAAGGAUGAUGAGGAAGGAAACCAAAAAUUGUUGCAGAUAGAUGGACUACUUGUUUCACCUGGCAUCUUCAAUAACCUGUCAUUGGCCAAUGCUACAGAGAGGAAUAUCCCUGGGACACUGAGGAUGCCAUUGGAAUGCAUUUGGGUAUAAACAAUGACUUGCCUUUCGCAUGUCUUCCACUACAUUUGCUUAAAGCCCUUCUGAACGUCUUCUAAUUGAACUGGUUCAAACCAAACUGUCUCUGGGAUCAUGAGUGAAGAAAAGAACCUUGGUGUAUCCCAAAAAAUGUUAUCACCUUCAAGAAGUACCAGCAGUUGCUCCUCCAAGCAUGGAAGUAGACAGGUGGAGAAACAUGAGACUUCCAAAAGACUCAUCUCCUGCUCCACGUUUUUCAAUCACCCCUAAUCCUAAAACCAUGGCAAACAGUGUAUACUACACUCUUCUUCUGUGUUCUGAAUUGAUGCAGCUGGACAGCUGGGAAAUUAUAGAAGGAUUGCGGGGAGUUGUGAAUUGCACCCUGGAGCCACAGAAACAGGAAGGCUACUUGUUGAAAAAGAGAAAAUGGCCCCUAAAAGGCUGGCACAAGAGAUACUUCUUUUUGGCUGGAGGAAUUUUGAAAUAUUCCAAGUGUCAAACUGAUAUAGAGAGGGGGAAGCUUCAUGGCUGCAUUGAUGUUGGACUCUCAGUGAUGUCUGUAAAGAAAUCCACAAAAUGCAUAGAUUUGGAUACAGAAGAGCAUAUAUACCAUCUGAAGGUGAAAUCUCAGGAAGUAUUUGAUGAAUGGGUAGCAAAACUUCGUCACCACAGAAUGUAUCGUCAAAAUGAAAUCUCCAUGUUUCCACUUGAUGUCAAUAAUCAUUUUUUCCCAGCAUCUACCACAGACUCUGUCCCUAGUGCAUUUGACUCUACUUCAAGUAGAAAGGCAGGGAGCAUAACAAAACAGAAUUCAGUGCAAACUGGAAGCAGCUUAUCAUUUUCCUGUACAAGUAGCGAGUCCAGGAUACCUUCUUGGCUACAGUCUUCUGAGGAUAUGGAAAAAUGCUCAAGAGACCUCUCCCAUUGUCACACACAUUUACUGGAAAUGAACCAGCUGUUGCAGAGCAUGGAAGUUCUCCACAGAACCUAUUCAGCACCUGCUAUAAAUGUUAUACAGGGUGGAUCUUUUGAAAGUCCAAAAAAGGAAAAAAGGACACACAGAAGAUGGCGGUCCAGAGCUAUUAAUAAAGAUGCUAAGGGAAUGUUACAGGUGCCUUCAGUAUUUUCUGCCCCUCUGAGACUGCAUGCUUCGAAUCCAAAUUUGUCUACAAUAGAUUUUGUGGAAGAGAAAAAUUACUCUGAUGGCUUGGAAACAUCAGCGGAAUUUUCUAAAAUGCAAGAAGACUUGUGUCAUGUUGCGCAUAAAGUGUACUUCACCUUAAGGUCAGCUUUUAGUACACUAUCAACUGAAAGAGAAAAGCUAAAGCAGAUGUUGGAACAAGAUGCAUCCUCGUCUCCAUCUGCACAGAUAGCUGGACUGAAGAAUGCCUUAUCAUCCGAAAAUUCAGGAGAAGAAAGCAGAGGCCUAGUUCACCAGGUCUCCAAUGAAAGUAGACUGUCUAUCACCGACUCUCUCACAGAGUUCUUUGAUGCACAGGAAGUCUUGCUGUCAGCUAGCUCUUCAGAAAAUGAGGUAUCAGAUGAUGACUCGUACGUCAGUGAUAUAAGUGAUAACAUCUCUGAGGAUAACCUAAGUAAUGACAUUGAGAAUGAAAGGCAAACUUUGGUCGCUGUGGGGGAAAUCGGGAUGGAAUGCCAUUCUGAACGGAGGACAUGUUUGCCAGCACCAUGUCCUAAUACAAGUAACAUUAGCCUAUGGAAUAUCCUGAGAAACAACAUUGGAAAGGAUCUCUCCAAAGUGGCCAUGCCUGUUGAAUUAAAUGAGCCACUUAACACUCUCCAACGUCUCUGUGAAGAACUGGAAUACAGUGAGCUAUUAGAUAAAGCAGCACAUACUCCAGAUCCAUUUGAAAGGAUGGUGUAUGUGGCUGCUUUUGCAGUAUCUGCAUAUGCAUCCAGUUACUACAGAGCUGGAAGUAAGCCAUUUAAUCCUGUACUUGGAGAAACCUAUGAAUGUAUCCGUGAAGAUAAGGGCUUCCAAUAUUUUUCAGAGCAGGUGAGUCAUCACCCACCUAUUUCUGCAUGUCAUGCUGAAUCUGCAAAUUUUGCUUUUUGGCAAGAUAUGCGUUGGAAAAACAAAUUCUGGGGAAAGUCCAUGGAAAUUGUUCCAAUUGGUACAACACAUGCAACUCUGCCAGCUUUUAGAGAUCAUUUUGUGUGGAACAAGGUGACAUCCUGCAUCCAUAACAUCUUGAGUGGGCAAAGAUGGAUUGAACACUAUGGAGAGAUCAUCAUCAAAAAUCUGAAUGAUGACACUUGUCAUUGCAAACUGACUUUCAUGAAGGCAAAAUAUUGGAGUCCUAACGUGCAUGAGAUUGAAGGCAGUGUUAUAAAUAAAAGUGGGAAAGUAGUGCACCGCUUCUUUGGAAAAUGGCAUGAGAGUUUAUACUAUGGGACCUCAUCUUCUCCAAGUUGCAUAUGGAGAGCAAAUCCAAUGCCUAAGGAUUAUGAGCAGUGGUAUGGAUUUACACAGUUUGCAUUAGAAUUAAAUGAAUUGGACCCACAAACAAGACCAUUACUGCCAGCCACUGACACACGCUUUAGGCCAGACCAAAGACUUUUAGAGGAAGGGAAUACUGAAGGAGCUGAAAUGCAAAAGCAGAGGAUUGAGCAACUACAGAGGGAACGGCGAAAAGUUCUAGAAGAAAACAAUUUGGAGCAUCAUCCUAGGUUUUUCAGGAAAUCCAUAGAUGACUCCUGGGUGAGUAAUGGAACAUACCUGGACCUUAGAAAAGACCCUGGCUUUUCCAGACUGGACAGUCCUGUUCUUUGGUGAAAGAAGACCCAAGAGGAUAUGUGGCUGGAUUGUUCUGAUUAAUUUAUAAAGCAGUACACAUGUGUGCAUGCACACACACAAGUACACAUACACACAUGUAUAUAUAAAAUAUAUCUUCUAGAAUUGUGCUUAAGUUAGAAUCUGACACUUUCUUCAUUUGAUUGCUCUACUAUUUGAUAGUUAUCAUGAUUGAAUGUAUAAAAUCCCAAAUUUCCUUUUUAUAAGCUAUUUAAUAAAAACUAUCAAAUGGAAAUGGCCAGAGGGAAAAGAGGAGCUUUAACACUACUUUUCCAAUGAGUAAUAAUGCAAGUUCAAAUUUAAUGUAUGCCUUAUUGAAUUGUGCUGAAGAAAAUAUUAGCAUCUCCUAGCUGAACUAAGAGACGUGAACAGGAACCGUGGUUACUCAAACUGUAGGAUGGCACCAUGGUUUGCAUGAGUAGACCAGUGGUCUCUCAGGCAGUGUUCACUUCCUUGAAACAAAGAACAUCAGCUGGUGCUGACUCUGUGGUAACCCAUUUUCCUCUAGAGAAGGUUCAGUAAACUGAUUUUUUUUUUUUUCUGGUUGUUACUGGCUCAUUGAAAGAGUUAGUGCUGAGUAAAAUCAGUAUUGUAUUGGUCGUUCUGCUGCCUUACAUACAGAAUUGUACCCUGCUACAUAUAGUGCUAUAUGUUCAGGAAUCACUGCACCUUCCCACUAGGUAUCUUCAAAUUUAUAGCCUCUAAAAAGGCAAAAUUCCUUUCAUGGUUAAUGCUUCAGCACUGAUCAGAUGAUAGAAGAUGUUCUCUUUUCCAGUAAAUAAAAAUUACAUAGAGCACAAAAGCUUAUGCUUCCAUAGCCUGACUUAUUUCUACUAACUAAAAAAAAUUGCAACAGGAAGACUUUUUAAAAACUUAGCUAAAUAACCAAUUGUUUUAAGGUAAAAGAUGUUUUCUUAAAUAUUAUUUUUGAUAUUUUCUACCUCUUAUUAUAAGCAGCAUAUUUAAAAUCUUGUAUAAAAAGUACCAUAUGCCUUAUAGUGAAAUGUAUGGAAUCUUUGCUCUUCCUUUACCUGUUUGUUGUGUUCAGAUAAAUAUUUAAGUGUCUUGCACUAAAUUGUUUGGAUCUCUUUCCUGUCCCCUCCAUUUAUAUGGAUAGUAUUUUUUCAUGAGUAUAAACUAUAUGUCCAGCAAAUUGUAGUAGGAAAAAGAUGCAAAGAAAAUUGCAUUUUUACAUAGAGAUGGAGGGUGUUGGUGUUGUUCCUCUCCCCUCCCCUCCACCCCCAGCCUGAAGUCGCAGGAAUACAAUGACAAUCUCUGGCACAGUUUACAUUCCUG